AAAGGCUGGCAUGAGGAUUGUACGUUGUGAGGAGUGUACAGUAUUGACCUACUAACACAGAUCUCUCUUCGGCGGCGGCAGCAGCGGCGGCGGCGGCGGCUUCUAGCAGCAAGAACUGAAGACCCAUUCUCUGCUCUGCCUGGCGUAUUCACUCCCUCGCUUUUCUAACACGGGACGUGCUUUGGGCUGCUGGGAGGAGGCAGCGCUCCCAUUGACAAGGGAUUUUAAAAGGGUCUCCCCUUCAGUCUUCACAGCUACUCACGUCCCUGAGCACUUUGCAUCUCUCGGCCCCGUUUCAAAGUAAUCGGUUUCGGACGGAAGAAGGCAGAUGCUAAAAGGAUCUUCUGGGAAGACACUCACCCUGUCCCAUUCAAUCGGAGGCAAUUGCCAAGUUCCAGAUGGACUUCACUCAGAACCAACACUGGAUAACCAAAUUUGGUAACAGAAUUACCGUAUUCAGUUUUCAUAGGUUAUUUAGAAGAUUGUGAACUGAAUCUACUCAGAAGUAAAUUUGAUUGAGACAGCUUGAUACUUGAAACUAUGAAACAAACAGAAGAAUGCUUAUGGAUUUAAAAUUGUUGCAUUUACUGAGUUGUUAUGGUUCAAGAAGUCAUAGAAGAUUAACUUGUUCUGUUACUAUUUGCAUACCUCCUAAAAAUUGCUUCUGAUGCAGCUGAGAAAAAUGCAGUCCAUUAAAACAGAACAGGCACCUGCUGAUACAAGUAGCAAUGUGGACAAAAUCAUGGUACUUAAUUCUGCAUUAACAGAUGACUUAGCUUCCAGUGAAGACAUGCUACUCAAUGAAGGAAAUAGUGUGAAAAACAAAUCUUCAGCAUGCCGGAGAAAGCGGGAAUUCAUUCCUGAUGAAAAGAAAGAUGCUAUGUAUUGGGAAAAACGGCGGAAAAAUAAUGAAGCAGCCAAAAGGUCUCGUGAAAAGCGGCGACUGAACGACCUUGUGUUAGAGAACAAACUAAUUGCACUGGGAGAAGAAAAUGCCACUUUAAAAGCUGAAUUACUUUCACUGAAGUUGAAAUUUGGUUUAAUUAGCUCUUCAGUAUAUGCCCAAGAGGUUCAGAAGCUCAGUAAUGCAACAGCCAUGUAUUUUCAGGAGUAUCAGAAUGCCAAAUCAACUAUUAAUUCUUUCAUUGAUGAACAUGAACCAGCUAUGGUGAGCAGUAGCUGUAUAUCUGUCAUUAAGCACUCACCACAAAGCUCUUUAUCUGAUGUUUCUGAAGUGUCAUCGGUGGAGCAUACUCAAGCAAGCCCUAACCAAAGUAAUUGCAGAAAUCCUGACAGUAAGUUCCAAAUCAUCAAGCAGGAGCCUAUGGAAUUGGAAAACUAUACACGAGAUGCACGAGAUGAAAGAGGCUCCUAUACAACAUCCAUCUAUCCAAAUUACAUGGGAAGCAAUUUUAAUGGCUACUCACAUUCCCCUCCUCUGUUGCAAGUUAAUAGAUCCUCCAGUAACUCUCCAAGAACUUCAGAGGCUGAUGAUGGUGUAGUAGGAAAAUCAUCAGAUGGAGAAGAUGAGCAGCAAGUUCCUAAAGGUCCAAUUCACUCCCCGGUUGAGCUCAAAAAUACUCAUGCUACAGUCAAGGUUCCAGAGGUGAGCUCUUCUGCAUUGCCUCAUAAGCUUAGAAUUAAGGCCAAGGCCAUGCAAAUCAAAGUGGAAAGCUUGGAUAAUGAAUUUGAUGCUACCCAGAAACUAUCAUCACCAAUUGAUAUGUCAUCAAAAAGACAUUUUGAGCUUGAAAAGCACAAUGCACAAAAUCUGGUACAUACUUCUCACACUCCCUUCUCUGUUCAAGUAACUAAUAUCCAAGACUGGUCUCUGAAGCCAGAGCACUGGCACCAUCAAAAAGAACUCACUGACAAAAUUCAAAGUGGCUGUAAAACUGGAGUGGCUGAUAUUAAAGACAAUUCCUACAAAGUGUCUGAGACAGAGAACUUGUAUUUGAAGCAGGGGAUAGCAAACUUGUCUGCAGAGGUUGCUACACUUAAAAGACUUAUAACUACACAACACAUCUCUGCUUCAGACUCUGGCUAAAUUACUACUGAAUAGAUGCUUAUUGUUUUAAAGGAUCUCAUUUGCAGUAGAUUGAUAAGUUUUGUAUUAUGCUGAAUUUUCACUGGACUUGUGAUGUCAUUUCACUGUAAUGUUCACAUAAUGUCGGAUGGUUGGUGUCUUUUGUGCACAAAUGAAUAUGAAGACUAGAUUUCAUGAUCACUAUGCCUUGUGUAUAGUCGAGUAGCCUGUGCAAAGGCUGUAUAUAGUGAACAUUAUUUUUCUGUUCUGUUACUAUAAAGUGUGAAGGUUGCCAGCUCCAAUAAACAAUUGGUGACAAACCCA